AUGAAUCUACGAGCCGGUUUCACACGCAUCUGCCGCUUUUCUCAGACAUCAAAACAUGUCGCUUCUGAUCGCAUCUCACCAUGGUCGUUUGGCCACUCCCGACCUGCUGCACUUGUCAGGUCCUGGUCUAUCAACCACCGCACAUUAUCCACAACGAACGCUAGGAAGCUAGAUUUGGCCAAUGUAAUGGUGCCACCCGAAGACAAGGAUCCCUCAAAUAUCUUUCGCGCGCACCUCGCGGAGGGGACGCUCACAAGACCAUUGGCAGUCUCGUGCUUGCAGGAUGCAGUCCGUUUGAACCAAAUCGACUCUCGAGUGGGCGAAAUUGCUAUCAAGUGGCUAUGGGACCACUACGACGGCAUAAAGUAUCCAAAUGAUUCCGAUUUGAUAAACCCCAUUGCCAUUCUACUGGUGCGUGAGGGUAAGGAGGAACUCCUAUGGGACUGGAUCAGUCAAGAGUCUCUAAAGCCGGUUAGCGAUUCUGGGCAUUCUAACCUCAAUCUGCGCCAUGACUGGCGCCAAGCAGCUCUCUGCGCACUCGUAGAGGCAAAAGCACAUUUUGCAACCGACAACAGUCUUGACGCAGCUCUGAAGACAUUUUUUCGCGGGACGCGGGUUCCGUAUUUACUUCCAACUCGGUCGGCAGCCAACCUCUGCCAUAAAAUGCUUUGCAGACCUGCGGAUCAAGACCCGCAAAGAUCUUAUGAGAGGAUAAGAAGUUCUUUGAGGUUUCCCAACACCAGUCUGGCAUUGUGGGAUGCUUUCUAUGUCUGGAACGGCAAAGGCCCAAAGCGCUUUGCUCCAUUGCUCCAGGCCAGAAUGAAGCUGUACCAUCCACAGCAACCGGACCCAUGGCCAUUGUACAAGUGGUGGCAGGCUGCCAGCCACGGCCAGGAUCAUCCUCUCCAUAGUAUAACGUCGAAAAAGGCCGCGAUAUCGUCAGUCGAACAAUGCAGGGAUUUGCGACUUGUUCUGAGGCAUCUUGGACACCACAAGGAAGCUGAUUGGCUCAAGAGAUUCCUCUUCAAGUUGUUCCCUCGCAACAAACAGUUUUCGGGAAAGACGACUAGGGAACGGCUGAGUAUGGGACUGCCACUGGACCAGAGAUUCUAG